UUUAUUUACUCUCCCAUCUCUUUAGCCUCGUCUCGCUUCAUCCAUCUCUCUCCAUUGUCGUUUCUACCUCCUUCGUAGAGCUAAAUUAUUGGGGUUCCUCCGUCUCCGGGAAAGGUCUCGUCUUUUGCUCUCGAUCUCCGAAAGUAGAAAAUGGCUGACGGUGAGGAUAUCCAGCCUCUUGUUUGCGACAAUGGAACUGGAAUGGUUAAGGCUGGUUUUGCUGGGGAUGAUGCGCCAAGGGCUGUGUUUCCCAGCAUUGUGGGCCGUCCUCGUCAUACCGGGGUGAUGGUGGGAAUGGGACAGAAGGAUGCUUAUGUCGGGGAUGAAGCUCAAUCCAAGCGUGGUAUUUUAACACUAAAGUACCCGAUCGAGCACGGGAUUGUCAGUAACUGGGAUGAUAUGGAGAAGAUUUGGCACCACACUUUCUACAACGAGCUUCGUGUUGCUCCCGAGGAACAUCCCAUUCUUCUCACCGAAGCACCUCUCAACCCGAAGGCUAACCGUGAGAAGAUGACCCAGAUCAUGUUCGAGACUUUCAAUGCCCCGGCCAUGUACGUGGCCAUCCAGGCCGUUCUUUCCCUUUACGCCAGUGGUCGUACUACUGGUAUUGUGCUCGACUCUGGAGAUGGUGUUAGCCACACUGUCCCUAUCUACGAGGGCUAUGCACUUCCCCAUGCCAUCCUACGUCUCGACCUUGCCGGUCGUGACCUGACCGAUGCUCUGAUGAAAAUCCUCACUGAGCGUGGUUACUCUUUCACCACAACGGCCGAGCGUGAAAUCGUCAGAGACAUAAAGGAGAAGCUCAGCUACAUUGCCCUUGACUACGAGCAGGAGCUGGAGACUGCCAAAACCAGCUCUGCGGUGGAGAAGAACUACGAGCUUCCCGACGGGCAGGUGAUAACUAUCGGUUCUGAGAGGUUCCGCUGCCCGGAGGUUCUUUUCCAGCCGUCUAUGAUCGGUAUGGAAGCUGCUGGUAUUCAUGAAACCACUUACAACUCCAUAAUGAAGUGUGAUGUCGAUAUCAGAAAGGACUUGUAUGGUAACAUUGUGCUCAGCGGUGGAACCACCAUGUUCCCGGGAAUUGCUGACAGAAUGAGCAAAGAGAUCACGGCUCUGGCUCCGAGCAGCAUGAAGAUCAAAGUGGUUGCCCCUCCCGAAAGGAAAUACUCUGUCUGGAUCGGAGGGUCCAUCUUGGCCUCCCUCAGUACCUUCCAGCAGAUGUGGAUCGCAAAGGCGGAGUACGAUGAGUCUGGCCCGUCAAUUGUUCACCGGAAAUGCUUCUGAGAGCUCAAAGUUGAACCCUUUUCAGAUACGAAACGCUGUUUCUGGUUUAUCCAUUGCUGGGUUUAUCUCCGUUUCCGCCUGCUCGUUGUCUUUUGUUCUUCCAUCUUCUGAGAUUCCGACCGAAAUACUGUUUUUGAAGAACUUGUCUGUUUGUAGUAUUUGUUAAAAUCUUUGUCCUGUCCCUUCUUCUGUUUCUUAGUUCGAUGAACACCUUCUCUGUUUGAGCCAAUAAGGACUCCUCUUAUCCUAUGCAGUUUGUGGCAUAUAAACUUCCUUUUUUUUUUCCAGUGGUUUGUUUCUUUAUUGAUGAAUA